GAUAAUGAGUACCUAAAGAAAGGGAGUUUAGCAUGGAUAGCCAAAAUGGCAGAAUGUGCAUUCUAAUGAUACCUCACUUAGCCCAUGGUCACAUCUCUCCCUUCCUAGAACUGGCUAAACACCUCACCAAAAGAAGUUUCAAGAUUUAUCUCUGUUCUACACCAAUCAACCUUGCUUCUAUCAAGACCAGAGUUGAUGAGAAUGAUGAUAUUCAACUAGUAGAGUUUCAUCUUCCAUCUUCUCCAUCUCUGCCACCUCAUUUUCAUUGCACCAAUGGCCUUCCAUCUCAUCUCCAGCCCCUCCUCCAUCAAACUUUCGAAAAUGCAGCUCCAGUUUUUAUGGAUAUUCUGAAAGAGAUUAGGCCCAAUUUGGUUAUCUAUGAUGUGAUACCUUCCUGGCCUGCAGAGCUUGCUCUGUCACUUGAUAUUCCAGCUAUUCAUUUUUCGACACAUGCUGCAUCAACUUGUAGCCUAGCCAUACAUUUCUACAAAAGGGUAGGUCAUGAUUUCCCUUUUCCAGAGGUGUUUGAUUCUUCUAUGGACCGCGCUCCGGUCUCUCAAGAUGAACUCAAGUUGAUUAGGAACUUUGUGUUGUGCUUUGAACGAUCGUGCGGCCUUGUUUUGGUUAAGAGUGUUGGAGAAGUGGAGGGAAAGUAUAUUGAUCUUUUGUCGGAUUUGGUGGAGAAGGAUGUCAUUCCUGUAGGCCAACUGAUUCAUGAUCCAACUGGGAAUGAAGAUGAAAACCUGGAGAAUAUCAUGGAAUGGCUGGACAAGAAAGAGAGAUCUUCUGUGGUGUUUGUUUGUUUUGGGAGUGAGAAUUAUUUAUCUGCAGAGCAAGUGAUGGAAAUGGCAAAUGCACUGGAGACAACCAAGUGUCAUUUCAUAUGGGUGUUAAGGUCUCCGCGAGGAGAGGAAAAGGGUUGUCUGCUGCUACCAGAGGGAUUUGCAGAAAGGGUGAGAGGUUUCGGGUUGAUUGUAGAGUGGGCGCCUCAGACCAAAAUUUUGGGACAUUCAAGCACGGGUGCUUUCUUGAGUCAUUGUGGAUGGAGUUCUGUUAAUGAAAGCAUGAAAUUCGGGGUUCCCAUCAUUGCCAUGCCCUUGAAAGAGGGCGAUCAGCCUACUAAUGCUAAGCUUGCUCUGGAGAUUGGAGUUGGGAUGCAGGUGAGAACAGAUAGUGAAAGGAGAUACAAAAGCACGGAAAUUGGGGAUGUGAUAAGGAAGGUUCUGGUGGAGGAAAGUGGGGAAAAUGUGAGGAAGAAAGCUAAGGAAUUGAGUUUGAGGAUGAAAGAAAGAGGAGAGGAAGAUUUGGAUAUAGCAGCUGAGAAGUUGAUGCAGAUUUGCAGCAAGAAGAAAGAAACAUGCUAUUAGCUGUUUUUGUACUCUUCUUCUAUCCAGUUUUUUGCUUAAUAUUGGUAUCAUCAUUGGUAUGAACUCCUUUCAUUUAGUAACAAAUUCUGCAGUUUCAAUUAGACAAUUUAUUUUCUAAUUCUUUU